UUUACUCUGUUCGGUCGAGUUAUUGGGGCGGCAGCUUCGGAGAGUGGAAGUAUCUCCCCCUUCCACCCUGCAGAGUUUCGCUGACACGGCAGCAGUCCACGGGGGAUAGAAAAUGGAUUUGACUUCGGAGCCAAUAAAGAGAAUACUUGACAAGUACAAGUUCCGAGACCUGGCCAUCGAGGAGCUCCAGAAACUGCACAAGAAGCACGAAGGCAUGAAACCCACUGUGGAAACUUACACUUUUAGUGACAGUUCCCAAAAGGACCUCCUGAAAAUUAUUGGGACUAUUCCAGUCCGGUAUCAUGGGCGCUCCUACAACCUUCCCAUCCUCAUGUGGCUGCUGGACUCAUUCCCCUUCACUCCCCCCAUUUGUCUCCUGCGACCCACCCUCAACAUGGUGAUCCGGGAGGGAAGGCACGUGAAUACGAAGGGGAGGAUUCACCUGCCCGCCCUCCAUAAUUGGGACUAUCCAAAGUCCUCUGUGAACAGCCUUCUCAUGGAGAUGAUUGAGAGGUUUGAGGAGGACCCUCCUCUCAUGUCAAAACCCCAGGCCACCGGCAAGGACCCCUCCGAGCUCUUAGCUCUUGCAUCCAAUCUUCAGAUCGCUGAAGGUGUCAUCCACCCAGAACGCCAGCUCAACAAGGUAACCGUUGUAGGAGGGGGAGACCUGGGGAUCGCCUCCGUGUUAAGCAUUUUGGCCAAGGGCAAAGUGGACAAACUGGUAGUUAUUGACCUCACAGAUGGUUCCAGUAAAGGUGGCACCAUGGACCUGGAGAUGUUCCAUUUGGCCAAUGUUGAGGUCUCCAAAGACCUGGCAGCGUCUGCGGGCUCCAGGGUCGUGGUGGUGACGGCAAAUGCCUGGAGCAACGAGCAGUCGUACGUCAGCGUGGUCCAGACCAACGUGGAUAUGUACCGGGGCAUCAUCCCCAGCCUGGCCCAUCUGAGCCCCGGCGCAGUCCUGCUCAUUGCCUCGCAACCAGUGGACAUCAUGACCCAUGUGGCAUGGAGGCAGAGUGGACUCCCGCCAUCCCAAGUGAUCGGUGCUGGCUGCAACCUGGACUCAGAGCGCCUCAACUACAUCCUCAACGUAUCCCUGAUAGCCCAGAGCACGGGAAGGCAGGCCUUUGUCAUAGGAGAGAGCUCUGACAAGAAGGUGGCAGUUUGGAGCAACUUGGGGACAGAUUCCAAUUCUGGGUUCCACGGGUCCAACUCGACAAAACCGCUGAUGGACAGGGCGUUCGACAUGCUGAAGGAGAAGGGCCAGCGGUCCUGGUCUGUGAGCCUGUCCAUUGCCGACAUCACACACAGCAUCCUGGAGGAUAAGGGGAAGACUCACUGUGUCUCCACGCUGGCUCAGGGCUGGGGUGGCAUUGGCACCGAAGUGUUCCUCAGUCUGCCCUGCGUGAUGGGCGCUGCGGGCUCUACCCGGCUGGCGUGCGUGGCUCUUGGUCCCGAUGAAGACUUCAACUUGAGGGCGAGCGCGGUGUCCCUCUCCAACUUCCUGCUGCAGCUCAGGAUAUAGCCAUGGUCCACAAGGAGGGACAGGGUUCCCCAGCACUGAAGUCCCACACCGGUUACAGCUGUAUGGAAUCCUGGGUUCGCAUCCAAAUGAGCACUUGAACACUUCAGUCCAAAGCUGUUUGUGUCUAAGCAUGUGCCUUUUUUAAAUUUUAUUUAAAAGAGAUGGUCUAAUGCUCCAAGUUGACUCAGUGCAUUGGUUAGGGUUUGAUCUGUGAUGCAGCCUUUGUCCUGGACAAAGACCCCUUCCCUUUCUGCUGAAUUACUUGGAUUUGUCACAGGACCAUGACCUCCCCCCUCAUAUCCAGCACUGUGGUUUGGUAGUGGAAUGACACCCCAGGAUUUAUACUGCAGGAGGAGGUAAAUGGUGCUUUCAAAGUGUCAGCGUUAUUUAUUUUUAUUUUUUUUUUUAACUGAGCAAGGUUGGCAGUUGUGGUUUGGAGCAAAAAAAAAAAAAAAAAAA